ACCCAUAAGUGGUAUAUUUCCCAAGAAUUCGAAUUCCCAUUAUCUUUUAUUUUACGCUCCCAAUACCCCUGCAAACAAAACCAAAACCCUAUCAAAACCUCAAAAAUCCAAUUUCCAAACCCCCCAUUUUCACACAGACACAAAGAGAGAGAAUCACACAGCAAUGGCUUUCGCAGUCUUCAAUGCCUUUCACUGCCCCGCACUCCACUCUCCGCAAACGAAUUUGGGGCCCAAAUUCUCAAAGCUCCCACCUUCGUUCCUCAGAGUUCCUAGAACAAUCCUGCGGAAUAAUGGAAGGGUGAUCUAUGCUGCAGCAUCUGCUGCAGGAAGCUCUAAUCCUGGCAGUGAUUUAAAUCCGUAUGAGGUGCUUGGCGUGAGACCCAUUGAGGGAUUUGAAAAGAUCAAGACAGUAUAUACAAAAAAACGCAGGGAAGCUGAGAGAGCAGGUGAUGAAGCAACUGCUGCCAGACUUGAGCAAGCAUAUGAUAAAGUCAUGAUGGAACAAUUCACAAAUCGCAAGAAGGGCAUGACAUAUGGUUCAUUCAAGGUUUCAAAGGACAUCAAAUAUGCUGAUAAGCAGCCAAUAGUACCAUGGGGUCCAAGGUUCACCAAGUCCAGUGAAAAAGAUAUGCGCAUCAACAUGGCAAUAUCUGCUGUAUUUGCAGCUUGGAUUUUUAUCAAGCGCAGUGCUGAAUAUAAACCUUUGCAAUUUUUAGCCUUUGCUUUUGUUUAUCGGAUUUUUGAGAAGUUGAAGUCCUUUGAGCCAUCAGUGUCACCAACAUAUACAGAAGAUGGUGAAGAUACAGGGCGAGCACUGCGAAUGGGGAAGCGCCUGCUUCGUUCUCUUGGACUAGUUUUUGGCUGUAUUGCUGUUGCAUCUCUGGCAUACACUGGUGUUUUAAAUUUGAUUGAGUUUGUAGGUGGUUACAUACCUGCCUUUCUUUACAACAACCAGGAACUAUUAGUCACUGCUUCAACGUCAGUCAUGCUCUACGUUAUGGCAUCAUAUUAUAGAUAAAAAUCUCUCAAGAGAUGGAACCAUAUGGCAACUUAUCAUUGGAGAGUCAAAUUCCUGAUCUGUUAUGUCAAAUUUUGUUAAGUGAGGUACUAAUAUCGUUUUGUUAUUUAUUUAUUUAUAUAAAUACUACUGAUUUUGGUGUUAGCAUUUUUAUUUAUCUGCAAAAUAAUAUAUCUGCUUCAAAGACUUUCAUCUUGAUGUAUAACAAAUGUAACUCUUUUCUACUUC